CUUAACCAUGAUUAUUCUAGCCGUGUUAUUGCUAGCUGUUUGCGUGUACUGGAUACGAUGGUCUGCGCGUGCGCAGCGCAUGGAUCGCAUGACGUCACAACUGCCCGUGCCGCCUACUCUGCCGCUGAUUGGCAACGCUUCAAUCUUCAUUGGGGAUACUCAACAAAUAUUGAAAAAUCUAUGGAGCGUAGCGCAUUUAGCGGCCAAACAUAAAAACUCUGCAAAGAUUUGGCUUGGCCCCAAACUCUAUGUCGCUAUAGCUGACCCUGAAGAUGCGCAAGUGGUUUUGGAAAACUGCCUCGACAAAGACUCCGUGUAUCGGUUUAUGCGUCCUUGGCUGGGCCACGGUCUCUUCGUAGCCCCCGUGGACCUAUGGAAGGUACAUAGGAAGGUGUUGUUACCGAUAUUCCAUAACAAAGUCGUGGAAGAAUACUUGGAUGUGAUUGCGGAGCAAGGAAAAGUCCUCAUCGGUCGCCUCCACGAACAGGCAAAUAGAGGAAAUUUCGAUGUUUUAAAAUAUAUUACUGCUUGCACGCUAGAUAUUGUGUUUGAGACAGCUAUGGGAGAACGCAUGGAUGUCCAACGGACCCCAGAGACGCCGUACCUGCGCGCUCGACACAUUGUCAUGACGAUCCUGAACAUGCGCCUCUUUAAAGUCUGGCUCCAGCCUGAAUUCCUCUUCAAUCUAACGCACUAUGCUAAACAACAGAACGAAAAUAUCUUAAUUACACACAAAUUCACCGAUGAAGUUGUACAAAAGAAACGAUUGGAAUAUGAGAGGAAUAAGGAUGGAAAUGGUUUAAAAAAGCAACCAGAAGGUAAACUCCGAUCUGUCCUAGAUUUAUUAUUUGGUAGGGAAAUAGAGUUUACAAAUGAGCAACUACGAGAGCAUAUUGAUUCCAUCACGAUUGCUGGCAAUGACACUACAGCGCUCGUCAUAGCGUACACCAUCGUGCUGCUAGGCGCGCACCAAGAUGUGCAGGAAAAAGUGUUUUUGGAACAACAAUCUAUUUUCGGUGCCGCAUCAAGGAGUCCCACGAAAGACGAUUUACAGAAAAUGUAUUAUUUGGAGCGAGUUAUAAAAGAGAGCAUGAGACUGUAUACUGUUGUGCCAAUCAUUGCGAGAAACGUUGAUAAAGAUAUUUACCUCCCUACUUGCGGGGCUACGGUGCCAGCAGGCGCUGGUGCAGUAAUAGGGGCCUUCGCAUUACACCGCUCUGCUGCAUGGGGCCCUAACCCUGAUAAGUUUGACCCUGACAGGUUUCUGCCAGAGCGAUCAGUUGGUAGACAUCCUGCCGCCUUUAUCCCUUUCAGUUAUGGUGCCAGAAAUUGUAUAGGACGUAAUUUUGGAAUGCUGAUCAUGAAGAGCCUAAUAUCAACUAUAGUCCGCUCGUACAGAAUCGAAGCAGAUGACAUCGGUGCUCUCAAAAUCGAAGUGCUUUUAUUUCCAAUUAAUGGACACCAAGUUAAAAUAUUAAAGAGGACGAAUCAAGGUUAAAAUUAAAACAUUUAA